GCUAAAUUUGAUUCCCAACGACCUCUCGCUCUCUUCUCAAUAAAUAAUAACAAGAACCAACCCAAAAAACUCAAAUUGAAAAAAAGACAAAACACAUCACACGCUUUGUUUUCACCUGUUAUUCUCUGUUCUUGUGCUCUCUUAGAGAGAGCAAUGAUGUGGCGAAUGUUUUGCUCUCUUCUCUUACUAUCUCUACUUGUUAGGUGUACCGGUGAUGAAUCUUUGCCUGAAGUAACCUAUUCUGAAGAAGCUCCAAUGGAUAAAAGAGAACGAGAAGCUUUGUACUCUGCGAUUCAAGGAUUUGUAGGUGAUUCUUGGAAUGGCUCUGAUCUCUAUCCUGAUCCUUGUGGCUGGACUCCAAUUCAGGGUGUUUCGUGUGAUAUGUACAAUGACUUGUGGUAUGUCACGGAUUUGAGUUUAGGGCUUAUUCAUGAAAACUCGCUUCCUUGCUCCUCAAGUCUUGAGAUAAGGCCAGAGUUAUUUGAGCUCAAGCACUUAAGAUCCCUCUCCUUCUUCAAUUGCUUUAUCUCUCCCACUGUGAUAGCUAAAGAGGGUUGGAUAAGUUUUGCAGCUAACUUAGACUCCCUCGAGUUUAGAUCCAAUCCUGGUCUCAUUGGGAACCUUCCUGAAACACUCGGCAACCUCACGAACCUGAAGUCGCUGGUAGUUCUUGAAAAUGGGUUCAGUGGAGAACUAUCAUCAAGUAUAUGCAACUUAAAUAGUCUAAAGAGAAUGGUCUUGGCAGGGAACUCGUUCAAGGGGAUGAUCCCGAACUGCUUCCAAGGCUUAAAGAAGCUUUUGAUCAUGGACUUGAGCCGCAACUCUUUCUCAGGAACAUUGCCUUCGUCUUUUGGAGAUUUGACUUCAUUGCUCAAACUUGACCUAAGCAAUAACUUCUUGGAAGGGAAGCUACCUCAAGAACUUGGGUUGUUGAAGAAUCUGACACUAUUGGAUCUGAGGAAGAACAGAUUCUCUGGUGGGCUAUCCAACAACAUUGAAAGGAUGCAAUCUCUAACGGAGUUGGUGUUAUCAGAAAAUCCAAUGGGUGAGGAAAUGGUUGGAACAAAGUGGGAGAAGAUGAGAAACCUGGUCAUUUUAGAUGUUUCCAAAAUGGGUUUAGGAGGUGAGAUUCCCAUUGGUCUAACCAAUUUGAAAAGGUUGAGGUUUCUUGGUCUGAACGACAACAAUCUUACCGGUUUUGUUCCAUCCGAACUUGAAGCUUUGCCUUGUAUUGGUUCGUUAUACAUUAAUGGAAACAACCUAAGAGGGGAGCUUAGAUUCUCUAGGAAGUUCUAUGAGAAGAUGGGAAGAAGAUUUAAAGCUUGGAAGAAUCCAAAUCUUUGUCAACCAUUUGAGAUUGUAAUGUCAGAACCUCAAAAGCAUUUACUUCCUCUUGGAGUGAAGUCAUGCACUUGAAAUCAGGAGGAGUGUUUGUGAGCUCAUCAUCUAUCUUUCUUCUAAAAUCUUUUGUUUUUAGUAUCAUGUAUCGUCUUCAUCUUUUCGUAUUGUAUUGCUGUAACGGUUAUGAAAAUAUGGCCCAUGAAUGAAUAUG